CACAAGACAGACCUGCCAGUCCAAUAAUGAAUAAAUAAAAAUACACCAGCCUGCAGCAGUUUAAGACAUCAAAAGUGACGUCAUCAUAAUCCUGGCUCUGGACAGGCUCGUACAACACUGAGCACAUGGACUCUGCUCAGGCCGAGCACGGCUCAGUCCUGCUCAGGCAGCUGGAGAGGAUGAGAACCGCUGAGGAGCUCACAGACGUGGUGCUGCUGGCGGAGGGGAUUCCCUUUCCUUGCCACAAGGUUGUGCUGUCUGCAUUCAGCCCUUACUUCCAGGCCAUGUUCACAUGUGGUCUGAAAGAGACCCGGGGAGGAGAGGUACCACUCAGAGACACCCCCGCUCACAGCCUGGAUCUGCUACUGGGCUACAUGUACCGAGCUGAACUCCACCUUUCCAAUGACAACAUCCAGGCAGUGGCUGCUGCUGCCUUCCUGCUCCAUGUGGACGGAGCCUUCAGGUUGUGUCAGAGCCAUAUGGAGACCAGUAUGGACCCCUCCAACUGUGUUGGUCUAUAUCACUGGGCCAGAGACCUGGGGGCCAGUGGUUUGGCUGACUGCGCUUUAAGAUACCUCUGCCAGCACUUUGCACAGGUUUGUGAAGAAGACGAAGUGCUGGACCUGGACGCCCAAAGUCUUGGGGAUCUUCUGCGUUCAGAUGACCUCAACAUAUCGCAGGAGGAGAUGGUGCUGGAGCUGGUGCUGCGAUGGGUGGAGAGGCGAAGAGGGGACUCGCAGAGUGAAGCCCAGGCUGCAGAGUUACUCAGGCGUGUCCGUCUGGAGCUUGUGGACCCUGGAUUCCUCCGCAAAGCCAGGAGGAGAAACCCGGUAUUGCUGCGGGAUGCUGAGUGCUUUGGGAUGAUUGAUGCUGCUCUCCAGACCUCAGGUCACUGUGAGACAUCAGUUCCACCUCGUCCGGCUCUUCGUUACGGCAUGGAGGCCACUGACCUGCUGCUCUGUUUGGGUGGGGUUAAUAAGGAGGGAGUGCCCGCCCGACGUGGAGGGCUUGCUGACCUCAGUUUGUGCUUUGCCCCCCAUGCUAGAAAAACUUGCUACAUCCCCUCUCCACUGAGGGCCUGUGGAGGUGUGGGACAGAUCACAUCGGGUGCAGUGACACGGGACAAUAACAUAGUGGUGGCCAUUGAAACUUUCGACCAACACAGGCGGAAGAAGUUAGAUAUCUACAGGUACGAUAAUUCAGUGGAGAGCAGCUGGGCGGAGGUGUGCUCAGCUGCACACAGGGACAUGUACGCUAUGGGGCUCGUAGGCGACGCACUUUACAUGAUAGGUGGUCAGAUGAAAAUGCACAAUCACUACAUCAUCACAGACAGCGUGGAGAGGUGGUCGCUGAAGAGAGGAGGCAGCUGGCUCAGCUUCGCUCCUCUGCCUCUCCCGUUGGCCUGCCACUGCGCUGUGAGCCUGAAGGAGCAUCUCUAUGUGCUCGGGGGCUGGACACCACAGGAUCAGCCGGACGACGACCCCGACAAGUUGAGUAACCGUGUGUUUCAGUUUGACCCGAGCAAGGACAGGUGGACCGAGUGUUCCAGGAUGAAGUACUCCAGGUACCGCUGCGGCACAGCUGUCCUCAAUGGAGAAAUCUACGUAUUAGGUGGUAUAGGUUGUGAUGGAGAAGACCGGGGACAAUCACGCUGCUGUCUGAGCUCCGUGGAGAUCUAUAACCCAGAUACAGACACUUGGAGGGCAGGACCAGCCCUGCCGACUACACUGCUCUCUCUCCGAACCAACGCCACCAAUAUAGGAGUAGUGGAAGGAAAGCUCUACCUCUGUGGAUACUACAAGGGGGCAGGCCGUCAUGAGAUCAUCACUAAGGAGAUUUUGGAACUGGACCCUGCGGACAAUGUGUGGACGGUGGUGGAAAGACGAGCAGCCAUGCACGACAGUUAUGACGUCUGUCUGGUAGCUAACCUCAAUCCUCGAAACCUCUUCACGCCCUAAUGCAUGACCUCCCGGAUUCUGAGGAACAACGUUUAGGGCUAGGACAUGUGGGGAAUAGACUUCUGCCUUCUAAAUCUCACACAGCCUUAUCCCAACUCAGCUUGAUUGUGGGAUUUCACAUAUUUCAACAACAAAAUUGAUUAACACAAACCAUUCAUCUUAUGGCAUCUUUUAAAAUGUUUAAAUGUCCAUUAUAUUCCCUUCUCAAGCUAUAAUUCUAUUUUCAACUUUAAACAGGCUAAUUUUGGUUAUUUGCAUUUUUGCUGACAGUUAGAUGAGAAGAAGAGUCAGAUGAGAAUAGCUAACCCUUUCCAGCUGUUUCCUGUUAUGCUAAGCUAAGGUAACCAGCUCUGAAAAGGUUUUUGCAUGUUUUUACGUUACCUGAGGUGCUACAUGGAAACGGAUGGAUUCGGUUCAAUCUGCAACCUCACCAAUAGAUGUCUCUAAAUCAUACACACUGGCCCUUUAAACAAAUGCUGUAAUUUAUCUGGUCUUUUUGGUGGUUCUCCAGUUAAUUGUCACUUUAAAAAACAGUAGCCUAUAAUUGUAAAGCUUUAAUAAAUGGUUACUUAUCUUUUAAUUCAUGUUAAUGGUUGUAUAAUGCUUAAAAUAUCAGUGAUAACUUGUUGAAGUGUAUUCAUUUGAGGUGGAGAACCCUUCAAAUCAACUUUUUAUGACUUUUAUCUUUGCAGAGCACUGAUGACUCUUGUUGUUUACUUUUUGAACCCUUGACCUCUGAAGGAAGAAUGCAGAGUGGC